AUGGAAGCAAUUUGUGUUCAAUGUAAAAAUACUGGAUGCAUUGCAAUGUGUUAUGGAUGUCAAGAAUCAUUUUGUACAAAACAUUUUAUUAAACAUCGAUUAUAUCUUUCUGAACAGAUGGAUGAUAUUCAUAGAAAAUAUGAAAAUUUUCAAAAAGAUUUAAAUCGAAAUAAUUUUGAACAAACACUUCUAACAAGUAUACAUGCAUGGGAACGGAAAUCUAUAAUGAAAAUUCAAGAAAUUGCUGAAAAAGCUCGAUAUGAACUUCAACAAACAAUGGACAACACUAAAAAUGAUGUACAAGUUGUAUUGAAUGAAAUUUUUUCAGAAUUUCAAUCAAAUUCAAAAACAGAUAAUUAUACAGAAAAUGAUCUUAAUAAAUGGACUAGACAAUUGUCUGAACUUCAAAAUUUACUUGAAAAAUCGGCAAAUAUUUUUAUUGUACAAGAUAAAAAACCGUCUGCAUUAAUUCGUGGAAUUAAACUUACUUUUCAACAACAACAACAACAAUCAUUGAAUUCAAAUGUUAUUUUCAAAACUAAUCAAGAUUUAGAUGAAUCUAUUCAGGAACAUUUUAGAGUAAUAUCUGGACCAUGUCGAUUAUCAGAUAAUGAUUGUGUAGCUACACAUUUAAAUUAUCGUGCUGGUUUAUCACGAAUUAGUGGUAUUCAACAAUAUUCAUUUGGUAAACAUGCAAUUCCAUUUUUAAUUGAAAAAAAAGGAACUAAAAAUAUAUUUAUUGGUAUUCAUUCUUCAUCAAAAUCAAUAUCAUCAACAACAUUUGAUUAUUCUGUUCAUGGAUGGUGGAAUCUUGAUUAUAUGAUAAUCAAUGGUGAGAGUAAAGGAGGUGAUAAUAAUGAAAUAAUUCAAACAGGUGAUAGAAUAACAUUAAUUAUUGAUUGUGAUAAUCAAAAGUUAUAUUUGGAACAUGAUCGAACAAAAAGACUUGAACAUUUACCUAUAAAACUUGAUGUAUGUCCAUUUCCAUGGAAAAUACUUGUCAGAUUACUUACAACAGGAGAUUGUAUUCGUAUAUUAAAUUAA